GAUAGAGCUGGCACAGCAAGCCCUGCAUCGCGCACACCUCGAGCCGACCAUACAUACAUCAGGAAGAGCCACAAUUCUCCAUAUCGACACAGCCCUCGCCGUACCGAGACAUUAGUCGACGAGAUUGGUGCGCUUCACAUCCGCGAGGAGCGUGCCUGGAGAGAGAGACAAGACGAAAGAGAUGCGGAACAAGAACCUAAAGCUGAACACGACCGCAUCUUGCGCAAUGCUAUCGAGGCCGCCGAGGCCGAAGCACUGAAGCAGGAACGCGAGCGGAUGCAGAAGGAAGAGGAAGAGCGUCGCACACUCGAAGCUGAGCGUUCAGCAAAGGCCGCGAGAGAGGCUGCUGAGAGGCAGCGGAAAAGGGAGGAACUUGAGCGACAAGAGCAGGAGCAGCAAAAACGUGCGGCCGAGGAAAGAGAGAUACAGGAGAAGGAGGCCCGACUUGCACAACAAAAACGACAGAAUGAAGCAGACGCUUUGCGAAGAAAGCAAGAACAGGAGGCCUCAGAGCGCAAAGCGAAGGAAGAGGCCGAUGCUGCUGCUGCCACCAAAGCUGCUGCUCCGCCUGCCCAAACAGCACCACAAUCUCAACCACCACCUGCGUCGAUCCCUACUGUGCAACCUGGCGCUUUCGAUCCGCCCCCAAGCUCGCAANNCUCAGCCAGCUGCGUCCUCUUCAGCAUCUGCAGCACAAUCAUCACUCAAGUCCACACCAAACCAACUGAAAGCACANNGCACGAGCAAUACCUCGCCAUUCACAAGAGUCUGAAGGAGAUGAGAAAUUCUGCCUCAAAGCAAUUGAAAGCUUCUGGAAUAGAUAUUAGCGUUUACCGUCGCCAGAUUAAUACAGUAAUGGGCCAGUUCACUCCUGACAAGGUCAAAAACAGGACCACGAGGGUUCUCGAGAUCCUCAACGACGUCCUGAAGUAUUCCGAGCCGGCCAUCGACAUAACCCCUUUUCUCGCCAUUCCGCCAGACAACUUGGAAAGACGCAUGCCGUUGGCUUUGGUGUAUCUACUCCAUAUGAUAGCGAAGUUGGUCAUUCGUCAAUUCUGCAACGACAACAUAGCAACAGUAGACGCUCUCGCGAUCGUGUUAGUCACAGUAUUUUCGAAACCCGAGUACCUCCUCAACGGCACCACUUCACUUAUCGACAUUCUCUUGGCCAAAUACCAUAAGGUCUGCCCUGUCCUGUUUGGCAUAUAUGGUAACGAGAGAACUGAGGGUGGAAGGGCAACGAUAGGUUGGUUAAAGAACAGCGACGGUUGGGUUGACUCCGAAGUUCACAAGAAUCGCAUGUUGGGUCUCGCUACAGGCUAUGGCUGUAUAUCCUUGCGAGACUUUAGCAAGUCGAAGUCGAAUAACCCCUUCCCACCACCAAAUUACUGGAGAGCCCUGAGUUACUUCGCCAACACACCGCCGGCAAAUCUACAGCCGACUCACUGGAUCGUGCUCAAGGCACUGGUGGACACGCACAUUGAGAAGUUCCUGAGGUUCUACGGACAGGCAGGCAUAGCGGCGUUGAGGAGGGUGCUGGUGGAGCUCCCCAAGAACGCGCCCCAGAAUUCAGCCAGAGAUGCAGUGGCCAUAUUCCCAGAAAUGCUGCGGACGACUAAAGGCUUGACGCUA